GAAGUAAUUAUUAUAAAAAUUAAUGUUAAUAAUAUAAAAUUACCUGUCGCUAAGCAUGUUAAAAGUGAAUCGUAAAAGUAAAUCGAUCUGAUAAGACGGUCAAACACUACACGUACGUUAUCUUUAAAUCACAAAGUUAUAAAAGGCGCGAUUAAGCAGUUUUUUGUUAUUUUCAUAUCAAAACUUGCUGGAAGAAAUCCUCAAACAAACCAAAAUGGCUUACUUAGGAAAAUCGUACAAGUUUGUGAAAAGCGAGAACAUGGACAAACUCUUGGCUCACUUCGGUAUACCAGCAGAAAAAAUUCAAGAUUUGAUUAAAACCAAGCCAACACAGAAACUCGAGAAGAGUGGUGAUGGCUACGUACUGACAACCAUCGACGAUAAGACUACGGAGCUUAAAUUCAAGGAGGGAGUUGAAUUCGACGAGAAAGUUACAGAGGAGUUCGUUGCCAAGACGUCGUUCAGUGUCUCUGGUGACGUUGUUACACAAACCCAAAAAUUCGCAGAUGGUCGCGUUGUCACUAUCAAGAGGAAAUACAAUGGCGAUGAACUUGUUGUUGAAAUAACAGCCAGUACUUGGGACGGCGUCGCCCACAGAUACUACACUGCGGCUUAAUUUUAAUAUUGUUGUAUUUAAUUUUUUAAUAUUUAUUUAAAUGAAAUAUUCGUAA